AUGCCGGGCCGAGGGAGCAGGAGGCUGCUUUUCCCGGCUGCUGCUGCUGCCGCCGCCGCUGCUCUCUUGGCUGCCCAGACCCUGAGGGCAGGGCCCCGCUCCACGGCGUGCCCAUCGGAAUCCACGGCAGCCAGGGCUCGUUGCCACUUCUUGGGGUCUCCCGGGGGUCUCCCGCACCUGACGUGCCUCCUGCUGCUCCGGCAAGCGCCCCCCUCUCCUCAUGCGGAUCUGCUGGAACAGCAGGCUGCGCGGUUCCAGGGGCAUCAGAGCCAGCUCCUGCUUGGACAGGGGGAGAGAGGCAGCCUGGCUGACGAGCUAGAUGCCCAGGAGCAGUGGGGCUGUGAGCUGCAGGCCAGGCAGCGGGAGACACAGGCGGAGUUGGCGCAGAGAUGCAGCCGGGUCCUACAGCUGGAGCGAGAGCUGGAGUCCAGCAAGUGGCGGGAGGAGGAAUCCCGCCAGCAGGCAGAAGACGCAACAGCUCAGCUGGCAGCUGCAGAGACGGAGGUGGGAGCCUUGAGCUGCAAAUACCACUUGGCCCUCUCGGAGGCUGCGGAGCAGAACGAGGCCCUGCACAGGCUUCAGCAGACCCAGCGGAUCCUGCAGCAGCGCCUGGCUGUGUCGGAGGGCCAAGCCCAGCAGCAGCGAGGGAGCCUGCAGGAGGCGCACGAGCAGAUCCAGCAGCAAAAGGAGCAGGUGGCCAAGCUGGCAAGAGCUGAGGCUGAGGCCCAGGCUGCGGAGGCCCAGGUGCAGCGUGGCCAGGCCACCAUCCGGCAGCUACAGGAAGACUUGGCCACGUCUCGGGCCGCCCAGGAAGCAGCCGAGUCCAGCACCCGCACCAAAGAGGCCGCGAUCCGGGUGUUGCAGCGAAAAGAGCGCUUUGCACGUCACCAGCUGAAGAUGCUGCAGAGUGAGGUGGAGCGACAGAGGCAGCUGCAGAGGGCCAAGCAGCAGGAGUCCCACAUCCUCAAGGAGGAGCUGCAGAGGAGAGGCCAGGAGCGGAGCGCCCUGGAGGAGGCUCUUGGGCAGCUUGCUGGGAAGGAGGCCGAAGCGAGCAGCCUCCGGGCCACGCUCCACCACCUGCAGGAGGAGCUGCGGUGCCUGCGGGAGGCUCGUGGCAAGCAGGAGGAGACGAUGGUGGAGCAGACGCGCGCCCUCCGCCAGCUCCAGCACGAGAAGGAGGCCGCCCUCCGGCAGAGCCAGGCCACGGCAGCCCUGUUGGAGCAGCUGCAGGGCGACCUCUGCCCCUGCCAGCAGGCCCACCAGGCCGACAUGGAGCAACUGCACGGGAAGCUGCAGCGGCUGCAGCAGGAGCUGGACCUCUGCAAGGGCCGCAACCAGGACAACCUCAGCAAGCUGCAGGCCCGCGAGUGCACCGUGGCGAAGCAGGGCCUGGGCCUGGACCUGCUACUGCAGCGGCAGUGCCAGGCCCUCCAGGACCAGCUCUUCUACUACGAGGAAGUGACCCAGAAGCAGGAGCUGGAGCUGUGUUGCCACCGCGAGCGGGAGCGGCGCCUGCAGGAGCAGCUGGGCCAGGCGGAGAGCAGCGCCAGCAGCCUGGAGAGCAGCCUGGACCUCUACAAGAAGAAGUACCAGGCCUCGCUGGGCCGGGCCGGGGAGCUGGAGGGCCAGCUGCAGGGCCUGCAGGAGGAGCUUGCCAGCCAGGCCAAGGAGCGGGAGGAGGCCCUGCGGCAGCUGCACGCGGAGCGACUGGUCCUGCAGGAGGAGCUGGCCGGCAAGUGCCGGCAAGCCAGCCGAGCCGAGGGCACCGUCGAGCGGCUGACCCAGGAGCUGCGGGAGGCCCAGGAGGAGCUGGGCCAGGGCCGGCAGCUCACCCGCCGGUGCGAGGAGACCCUCCAGGAGCUGCAGGAGCAGCUGGCCGCCAGCCGCCUCAAGCUCCUAGACCAAGAGGGCGCCCUGGCCGCGGCACACAGGGAGAUGGCCUCCUACAAGGCGACGCACGGCCACGCCAACGGCAGCUACGAAAGCCAGAUCGCCAGCGCAGAGGCCCUCCGGCAGAAGCUGCUGCAAGCGGAAGAGGAGAGCUGCCAGCAUCAGCAGCAGGCGGCGGAGUACCAGGGCUUGGUGCAGGACUUGAAGCUGGAGCUGGUGAGGGUGGCUGAGCAGAAGAGCAGCCUCCUGAAAGACGUGCAGCGGCUGCGUCAGGAGGCCGAAGCCGAGAGGGAGCGGCACCAGCUGGAGGAGGCGGCCGUGCUGGAGCAGCUGCAGCUGGAGCUCCGCCAGAGCCGCCAUCUGUGUGGGCAGAAGGAGCAGGCCAUCGAGAAGCGGGACGCCCUUCUGCUCAAGUCCCAGGCAGAGAUGGUGCACGCCCGCAGCGCCCUGCAGGAGAAGGGGCAGGAGGUGGAGCGGCAGCGAGCCCGGGCCCAGCACCUCCAGGCCGGCCUGCAGCAGGCCCAGCAGGAGCUGCAGCGCAGCAGGGCCGAGUGUGGGGCGUUACGCGCCGAGGGGCAGGCGCUGCGGCAGAGCGCGCAGGAGAGCCGGCAGCAGCAGCAGCAGCAGGCUGCUGGCGGCCCCCGGCCCUGUUGGACCCGCACAUCGCCCUCUGCCCAGCUGUGCUCCCGCCUGCCCCUGCCCUUUUAUGCCGCCUCCUUGCCUGGCGUUGGCACAGCUGGAGGAGCAGCUGCGGCUGUCCCAGAGCAGCCUGAGCACGGCCCAGGUGCAGCUGGCAGAGCAGGUCGCUGA